UCGGUUGUCUGUCAGCCUGUCGACUGAUUUCUAUGUGAAGGAAACCGGGUCGGAUUUUCCACCAAAAUCCAACGGAAGUGACGUUUUUGUGUGGUUGUGAGUGCCUCGCUUCUCUCCCGCUAACAUCAACAAAUGACCAACAUAACGACACAACACAACUAAAGCGGUGCUCUCCGACUGACACAGAUCCGUCGCCGUGGUGAUGAGCAGUAAUGAGUGUUUCGGUUGUGGCCGCAGUGGCCACUGGGUGAAGAACUGUCCCAGCGGCAGCCGAGGGAGAGGGAAAGGUCGUGGCAGAGGCAAAGAUCUGUUCUGUUAUCGCUGUGGGGAGCUCGGACACGUCGCCAGAGACUGUGAGAGGACUGAGGAUGCCUGUUAUAACUGUGGCAGAGGAGGUCACAUCUCCAGAGACUGCAAGGAACCGAAGAAAGAGCGCGAGCAGAUGUGCUACAACUGCGGCAAGGCUGGACACAUGGCACGCGACUGUAACCACGCCCACGAGCAGAAGUGCUACUCCUGCGGUGGCUUUGGACACAUCCAGAAAUGCUGCGACAGGGUCAAAUGCUACAGGUGUGGGGAGAUCGGCCAUGUCGCCGUGCAUUGCAGCAAGGCGUCAGAGCUGAACUGCUACAACUGCGGGAAGUCGGGUCACCUGGCGAAGGAGUGCACUAUUGAAGCAACCGCCUAGCUGCCUCUCAGACUGCCUCGCCCUCCCUCAUCUCUGCUUUCUUUCUCUUCACUCACUCCCUCUGAUAAUCCUUUCUCAUUGGUCCAGAGGCUUGUCAGUCAGCCUCGGAGCAGCCAGUCAGAGCGGGUGGAGGGAGGCGAAGGGGCGGACACUACAAAACAAGAAACCCACUUUCUUCUGCAUUUCUAAAAGAAAACAGAAUUUGUGUUUUUAGUUCGGUAGCAUCAAGAUGUACAAAGCUUUGUUUAAGAAUCUUUUCUGCCCAGCCGAUUGGCUGCAAGAGUAGAGUGAUUAAAGACAAAACAUUAAGCCCCUCCCCUCAGUCCUUAAGUGGGCAGGGUCACAGAGGAGGGAGAAACAAGUGUCUGAAAAAGUUUCUAUCUUCCCGUGAGGCGAUUAUUUUCCUUUUUCUUGACAAAACCGAGUUUGUCUGAAAGAAACGUGACUGGCUCUGCCUCCAGCAAACAGCCAAUCACCUCACAGGUCUGGCCGCUUCGUUACCACCUGGAGGAGCGAACAAGCCAAUCAGAGCAGGUCACAGCGGAUGGACAUUAAAAAAUGGACAUUAAUAAAUCAUAUUUAAAGGUGCAUUCUGUUGCUGUUUGGAGCUACGCAACAACAGAGACAAAAACUAAUCAUAAUAAUAAUAAAAAAAACAUAAAAAAACAUUUUAAGUUUGGAGAGACAAGAAUGUUUUCACAAAAAAAUCCAAAUGUUAUUUUUGUACAAUAUAUCACUUAGAGCUGCUGUAAAAAUGUAAUUUGGUUGUACUGAAGUCUGUAAGUUUAACCUGACAAUAAAAACAUGGAGGAAGAAGGA